AUGGCAUCCAGCAAGAUCGACCCCGCCGUAGAGAAAGACGACCUCUUCAUCCCCCUGAUCGACUUCGCGCAAUACACGCACGGCACGGCGGCCUCACGGGAGCACGUCGCGCGCGCGCUGCUCAGCGGCUUCCAGCGCGCCGGCUUCGUCUACCUCUCCAACCACGGGAUCUCGCGCGCGACGCGCGCCGCCGUCUUCGGCGCCAGCGCGGGCUUCUUCGCGCGGCCGCAGGCGCAAAAGGACGCGCUGGCGUGGUACAGCGCCGCCGCGAACCGGGGGUACGUGGCGCAUGGGCGGGAGAAGGUGACGCGGGCGGACUUUGGCGGGGAUGUGGACGCGUUGCGCGCGGCGGUGCCGGACCUGAAAGAGUCGUUGGAGAUUGGGCGGGAGGGCGAGGAGGGGCGCCCGAAUUUGUGGCCGGAUGGGGUGGAUGACCAGGGGAGGGAGUUUAGGGAGUUGAUGGUCGGGUUUUGGGAGGCGUGUAAGGAGCUGCAUCGUGAGGUUUUGCGCGCGCUUGCCCUCGGUAUGGGCAUUAGGGAGGACUGGUUUGAUGUGUACACUGCUCGUGGCGAUAAUACGCUGCGCUUGCUGCACUACCCCGAGGUGGACGCAAGCGUGUUCCGCCGCAGCGACGGCCAGGAGCAGGUCAGGGCAGGCGAGCACACCGACUACGGCUCCUUAACGCUACUCAUCCAAGACGACCGCGGCGGGCUGCAGAUCCUCUCCCCGCGCGGCACCUUCAUCGACGCAACGCCCGUGGCGGAUACGAUCGUCGUCAACGCCGGGGACCUGCUCGCGCGCUGGUCCAACGACACCAUCCAGAGCACCAAGCACCGCGUCGUGGAGCCACCGGUGCGCAGCAGCAGCAGUGGUAGCGGAGACGCGCCCGCCCGCCACCCCGCCCGCUACUCGGUCGCGUACUUUUGCAACCCGGAUUUCGAUAAGCUCAUUGAGGCCAUUCCGGGCACGUUUGAGGAGACGGGGAGGCGCUAUGAGAGCGUCGUUGCCGGCGAGUAUUUGGCUAUGCGGCUGGGGGCGACGUAUGCGAAAUGA